CUUUAGCUUCGGUUCUUGCUUAGAUUCCGACCAGCAAGGCUUUUCUAUAGGGAGAAACAAAACCUCUUCGCCGGGAUUUAGGAUACAGAGACCAAACUCACCAGGACUAAUAAUCAAGAAUCAGCCGUUUCUCCCUGUCUCUCUGCUGAACCGCCGUUUCGCGGCAGUUUGCCGCCAAGUCUUACGCGCAUGCGUAAAAUAUCGUCCGAUUUUUGCAGCUGUCUCAGUUUGAAUCUUGGCAUGCACAGAGAGAAGGAGAGAGAAGGAAGAAGCCUCAUCUCUCCUGGAGUGGAAGAGCCUUCGUGAACGAGACUGUUUGGUAUCGAGAUAUUAGUCUCCCCUAGUUACUCCUCUUCUAGAUGCAAGAGGCUAUCGCCGGAAUACUCGCCCGUGCAAGCCGAGCUCUCCUUGGGGUUUUCCUGUGCCGGUCCAGGAGGCAAUCCCUGAUAGAUUUUGCUGCCACAGCACUUGACAACUUUGCCCUCGGUGACUGACAACACAGUAAGUUGAAUUUACUGGCAGUAACAUGUACGUGAGUGUUUUUGUGCAGGUACGAUAUUUGCAAGAGCAGUGUGUUGAAACAAAGGCAAAAAGACGCCGAAGAGGGAGAGAUACAGCAUGGCAUAUCCACCAGACAGUCUAAAGCUAGCAAGCUGGACCAGAGAGAGAAUUGUGUUUCAAGUCUUGAAGAGAGAGCUGAAACUAGCAGUGAAGAUUGCCAAGCCAUGGCUGGAGCUGAAAAGCAGGACACUAGGUGUUUAGCCCUUGCUUUAUUGUUUCUCGAUGUGAAGUGUCUGUAA